GUGACAUAAAUUAUUAAGAAAAAAAUUAUCAUAAUUUAAAAAUAAUAUCUACACAAUGUCAAACGAAUCUACGAUAAUCGCCAUGGCACUUCAAAAUGAGAGACCCAAACUACUUGGUUGGAACCUUCCACAGGAAGAUAUGAGUCUUCUCCAUUCACAUUGGCAAGCAUACGAGGCACCACCGUUUUAUUAUCAUCUCUUACUUGCAGUUAUAUAUUUUUUUCUGAUGAUAACAUCUACAGUUGGAAAUGGAAUUGUUGUUUGGAUUUUUUCAACUACAAAAACUCUGCGAUCUCCUUCCAACAUGUUUAUUGUUAAUCUUGCAAUAUUCGACUUGUGUAUGAUGCUUGAAAUGCCGAUGUUACUUUACAAUUCAGGUUAUCAAAGAAUUAUUGGAGGCGAUCUUGCUUGCACUAUUUAUUCGGUGUUUGGAAGUUUUAGUGGAAUUGGUGGAUCGGCCACAAACGCAGCUAUUGCGUAUGACCGGUACAAAGCUAUCUCCAGCCCACUUGAUGGAAAAAUGAAUAAAGGUCAAGCCUUUGCUAUAAUCAUCAUAACAUGGCUAUGGACGAUGCCAUUUACGAUUUUACCCGCAUUGAAAAUUUGGGGACGUUACAUUCCCGAAGGCUUUCUCACCACUUGCUCCUUCGAUUUCUUAACCGACGACGAAGACACAAGAGUAUUUGUAGCUUGCAUAUUUGUUUGGGCUUAUUGCAUUCCAAUGAUUUUAAUCAUGACUUUCUACUCGAAACUUUUUUCUCAUGUUAAAGCUCAUGAAAAAAUGUUGAGGGAUCAGGCAAGAAGAAUGAAUGUUCAAUCAUUGUCGGCAAAUAAAGAUGACGCUGCACAAACAGUUGAGAUUCGAAUUGCAAAAGCUUGUUUUACAAUUUUCUUUUUAUUUGUUUGUGCAUGGACACCAUACGCGAUAGUAGCCUUGAUAGGAGCUUUCGGCAAUCGUUCAUUAUUGACACCAUUGACAACAAUGAUUCCAGCUGUAGCAGCCAAAAUUGUUUCUUGUAUCGAUCCAUGGGUCUACGCAAUUUCUCAUCCUCGCUAUAGAGCUGCACUUGAAAAGAAAUGUCCAUGGUUGGGCAUUAAAGAAGACUUUAAGGAUAAUGUUGACACCAAAUCUGUUACGACUAAUGCCACAACUGAGACAUAAAAUAAUAAAUAACACAAUACUGGUAACGACCGCAUGAGAAAUGGACAUUGAAGAUUGAAAUCGAAGCAUUUCAUGAAUAUGCAAGCAAAAGAGCUUCUUAUUGAUGAAAUGUUACCAAGCAU